AUGCCGGAUUGUAUUCACCGGAAUCCGACCUUACAGGUCAUAUCUAUGCCGAAAAAAGAUAAAAUGAACAUGAUCAUGGAAGUGGUAAGACAGUCUAAUAUGAUCAAGCCAAAAAACUAUAAAUCGGAGCAAAAUUUUGGAAACCAAAGAUUUGACAGAGAUAAAUAUAAUUCUUUGAUGAAAAAGUCUAUCUAUGAUCUGAGGUUAAAGCGGGCUCAAAAGCAACUCAAAAAUAAGGAUCCACUACAAAAGUUGAACUUCAGACAACAGUCCGAAGAGAUUGAAACACUGAUCGAUAUUAUUAAAAGGUCCGGGAAUUUUGAAGAAAAGGGUGUCCGAAUACCCAUGGUUCAUGUUCCACUACCUAGAGAGUUUUUCGAGCUUAAACCAAUUAUACCCUUGAAAUCAGACCGUAAAACAAGUAAAGAAACUCAUAGGACCUCCACUAAAUUAGUUACAAAGCAUCCUGAAUUUAAUAGAUUUCCCCCUAAAAAGUCGUUUGAACAAAAUAUUAACAAGCAACCUCCACAAAGUUCUAGUUCAGAAUUCUUACCUUACGACACCUAUUUGGACCCUCUACCUGAAAAGAAGAACGAAACCUCAAUCUCAAAAACUAAACUUAAACAGAGGUCUCGUAGUGAUGAAUGGCUAACCUUUUCAACAAAAGUUGUAAAACCAAAGCUUAAUAAAUCAGCUUUAACUAGUGAAUUGCUUUCAAAUUUUGAUAAACCAACAACAUCAUUAUCCAAAAUGGAUGUUUCUACAUCUACAAAUGAUCUUGAGGAAUACAAAGAUUCCAAGACUUCGUUGGCUAGAACAUCAACGGGUAAGUCUGAUAAAUCUACCCAAAUGGUUGAGCAACUCAAGGAUGACAAGUCUGCACAUCCUGAGAUUAUUGGGGAAGAAUUCGAGCUAUUAACUUUAACUCCUGAAAGAGAUUUAUCUGCCACCAUAAAAUCUGAUAAAGACGGGGAGAAUGAAGUUAUGAAAGUUAAAUACUUAGAACCGGAAACUGAUAAAACUAAAAAAGAGCCUGAACCGUUUAAAUCGAGAACUCUAAGAGAAAUGUCUACAAUAUGCAGUGAAUAUGAUUCUAAAAACAUUGAAUCAAGUCAAUCAUUUGAUAUGAUUUUGGGUGACGAUGAACUUUCAGAACUGAAUGAAUUAACGGAGUUACAAAUUAUCGAAAACUCAUGGACCAUAAUAGAUCCGAUGAUUGACCCGAUUGGAGACUCGGAAAGAGUUAGUUUGAUGAAAUUAUCGCAUAAAAACCGGGGAAGUCCUAGGUCCGAUAAGCUAUCAGGCAGAGCUGAUGGACAAUAUGAGGAUAUUAGUGUUUUGAGUAGCAAAUCAAGUAGAGCCCAACCAAGGGAACUGAACGGUUCUGAAGUUAAGUCUGAGAGGACCAGAAAUAUUAAGUAUUUAGAUUCUCCCAUUGAGCCUAAACUAACACAGGAUCGUAAAUUCUCAGAAAAGAAAGAUGUUUAUAAAGGCGUUGGUGAGGAUAAAGAACCUGUGGGUUCAGAUCCAGGACACACAUUCCAAAAUGACGAAUUUGGCCGCCUCAGAACGGUAUCUAAAGAGGAUGAACUGUACAAUAGUAAAUCAGAAGACCCACUAGAAGCAAACAAAGAAGGUAAAACAAAGAAAGAUAAGUCUGAAAUGGGUGAACGGAAGAGGAGCAAGAGCAAAUCCCGCAAAAAGAGUAGAAAGAUCCUACCAGAUGUGAAGCUAAGUGAGUACAAGGGGUUCUAUGUAGUACACACCACCAACGACUGGACAUUUUCUUAA